AUGGGUGGCAUCCCUCCCCCUCCACCCCUCCUGCCUGGCAUGGGAGGCGAUCAUAUAGAAGCUGUGGUUGCCUCCCAAUUCAGCUGCCCUCUUGGCUCGGGCAGGCCUCCCUGGAAGACGGUGAAGACGCCAACGUUGAGAAUGAAGAAGCUGAACUGGCAGAAGCUGCCCUCCAAUGUGGUGAGAGAAAGUCACUCAAUGUGGGCUUCAGUGAGCAGCAGCAGCGAGGAAACUAUAGAGCCCAAUUACACAAGCAUAGAGCAGCUGUUUUGCUUUCCACAACCAACCCCCAAGGAGAAAACGGCCGCACCAGUGAAGGCAGAACCGAAGGAGAUCACAUUUUUGGACUCCAAGAAAAGUCUCAAUUUGAACAUAUUUUUGAAGCAAUUUAAAUGCUCCAACGAAGAGGUGGCUGCCAUGGUCCAGAACGGGGACCGGACCAAGUUCGAUGUUGAGGUUCUGAAGCAGUUGCUGAAGCUGCUGCCUGAAAAGCAUGAGAUAGAAAACCUGAAAGCCUUCAAAGAGGAGAAAUCAAAGCUUGCAAAAGCAGAUCAGUUUUAUCUUCUCCUCCUUCAGAUUCCCAGCUACCAGCUGCGCAUUGAAUGUAUGCUGAUCUGUGAAGAGACCACCGUUGUGCUGGACAUGAUUCAGCCGAAAGCUGAAGCCAUCCGGAGAGCCUGCGAAGAUCUUCUGAAGAGUCAUCGCCUGCCGCUCUUUUGUCAACUGAUUCUCAAAGUUGGAAACUUUCUGAACUACGGAAGUCACACAGGCGAUGCCGAUGGGUUUAAAAUCAGCACUUUACUCAAACUAACAGAAACCAAAGCAAACCAAACCCGCAUUACGCUGCUCCACCAUAUUCUGGAGGUACCACUGCCAAGUCCUGGGUGAUAGGGAAGGGGGGGGAUUUUGUCACAGAUGAACCAUUUCUCCUACUCUACUUUCAGUUAGUGCCACACGCUCAUAUUCGUAUCCUCCCUGGCUAGCUGCAGUGUUGCAAGUUGGGAGCGUUCGUAUCACUUUGGCUGGUGGAGGCUGCUUGUGGGCACUACUCAGGAAGCUCCUUGUUUUAAGAUUUGUUCUGCUUUCCUCCAGCAUCUUUCCCCACAAUGUCUGGAACUUCCUUUUUCGUAUUUGUGCAAUCUCCACAUCAUCAGCUGCAAACCACAGAGCACAUGGCUACCAAAGCUAUCCUGGCUGGUCUGUACCCAUUCAGCCCUUCUGCCUUUCUAUGGCCUCUCCCUUUUUCACCAGACUUUGUCCGAGCUUUUCAUGCUCCUCUCCAAGCCCCCAUGGCUUUCUUAUUCCCUGCAAUGCUGUUUUUUCCUUUUUUCUUCGUGCUCUGCUCUGCCACCUUCAUUCAUCAAGGUCCUUCCAUUCCAGUUAUGCAUGUUCAAGCCCUGCUUUAGCUGGCAGUAGCUUCAGCAAGCACAACCAUGAAAGUAAAUUAUGCAAAUAAUA